CAGAAGCAGCUCUGUGGGCUGCUGCAGAGGAGCGGAGCGAAGGGGAGGCACGACAGCGAGCGUGGGGUUUUAGCUGUGACUCCAGAUACAAAAGCCACCGCCGCUGCCGGCUCCAGAAAGAGGGGGGAAAAAAACCCCACAAAACAAAACAAAAAAAAAAGAAAGAAACCUCUGUCGGCCUGAACUUUAAGACCACAAAGACGUCGAUCACCGUGGCGGCUGCGGGAAGCUUCCUGCGUGCCAUGGGACAAGGGGAAGAGAACAACCACUCCUCCGUCAACGGGAACGUGGAGGAGCCCCUGAGGCCUGAAAACGGAGGGAAAUCUCCCAACUAUGGGCACCCAGACCAAAGUCACACUCCGGGCAGGUGUUGCCUGCUCCAACAAGUGAUGGUCCCGGUGGUGAUGCUGGUGGGGUUUGUGGUUCUGCUCCUGGCUUUGGCCACGGCUGUCGCUGUGCCGGCGGCAAAAAGCAGCGAGUGUUCCGCCGCGGUGCUGGGCUGUCCCAGUAGCUGGGUUGGAUACGGAGGGAUGUGCUAUUACCUCUCGCAGGAGGAGGGGAGCUGGCAGUGGGGCCAGGAGCGGUGCUGGGCGCUCAACGCCUCGCUGGCCGUGCUGAAGGAGCCGUGGGAACUGGAGUUUCUCAGGCACCUCAAGGGCAACGUGGAAUACUGGCUCGGGCUGCGGAGACGGGGCCAGAACCUGGAGUGGGUGGAUGGCAGCAGCUUCAACCAGACGUUCAAGGUGCGGGGCCGAGAAGAUUGUCUGGUUUUGGAUGACGGUUAUUUGACGGCCGCGACCUGCUCGCAGCUCCGGCCGUACCUCUGCAGCAAACCCUCAGCUCUGCUGUGAGACGCGACGGGGGAAGGAAAGGACCUUCUCGGAGCUGGGGACUCCCCAGCUUCCACAUUCCCACCAGCACAGGGAAGGGGCGGGAUGUCCUUCCCUCAACUGCUGCUCUGAGUUGCUCCUGAUCUCAGCGCUGACUCGCUGCCAGCUCCGAGACGUGAACAUCACGGAACCUGACGUGUGUCUGCCUGGACUGGGGACCUUGGGCCGUACAUGGUGCAAUUUCUGUCUUAAUCGGGAACACCCCAGGGCUCCCCUUGCUUUUUUUUUUUUUCCACAGUUAUCUCUUCUUGAUUUUUUUUUUUUUUUUUUUUUUUUUAAUUCUGCUCCGGUGCCAAAAUCUCAACCAGGGCCCCUGUGCAGGGCAUGGAGCCAGGUUGUGAAUCAGCCCUCUGGCACCCCUGGGAGCUCCAGGUGCUGACACAGUUUUAUUGAAAUAUACUUGAAUUAAAACACCUCAGACUCCCCUGGGCGUCCCUUCUGUUCUGGAAGGUGCCUGCUCACGGCAGCCCUGUCCUUCCCCAAAUCCUGACCCCCUCAGGAAGGUGCUGCAGGAGCCUCAGGAGCUGCCCUGGGCACUGGGGACGAAGCUAAUUGGGGUGGGGGGUGAGCAAACCCUCCCCACGUCCCCUGCGGUGCUCCCAAUCUGUCCUUAUUCAUAUUUAUAGAGAAAUGUAUUUAUAAUGUACCCUAUAUGAAGCUCGUGUGAAUAUUCUUAUUUUCAAAUCUCUGCUGUGUGAAAUCACCUUUUAUUGCAUCAUGUCAAUCCUUUGUUGUCUAACGCUAAAACUUAACCUUUGAUCUACCUGAAAAAUACUUUCUAAAGCACUGUCCUUAAUUAUUUAUAUUAUAUUGUAACUGUGAUAUAAACUUA